CCGCGACACAAGUAGUACACAAGAAUUACACAAUGUAUUCCCGCCGAAAAUGUAUUAUUCUGUGGAUAUUAUUUAUAUCAUUUUAUAAUACAGCCUGUGAAGAUUGUUCUAAUCAAAAUAUAAUUGAAGUUAUUGAAUGCAGUGACAGUUGCUAUGAUGUUGUCAAGCCAUUUUUGCAAUACUUCAAGGAAGUUAAAACGACCGCAGACAAAAGCACCGAAUGCCAAAAUGAAAUACAAAUAAAAAAUGAACAGAUAAGAAGCAAAGACGAAGUUAUUGGUGAAAAAAAUGAACGUAUUCGAGAAAAAAACGAAAUAAUAAAUAAACUCAAUGAUCAAAUCAAAGAGUUGACUUCUAAAAUAAGCAACGAAAUUAUAAAAAGGUGCCCAUACCCUAAAGAUGUAUCUGGGGAAAUAGGAGAUACCAACCGUAUUAUAAACUUUUUUAAACAAGAAAAACUUAUAAUUGAAAAAGAUAAAGAAAUCCAGACAAUUAGGGAACAGAUUACGACUAAGAACAUACAAAUUCAGGAAAACAAAAAUGAAAUUAAAAGAAAAGAUGAAUUACUGAAUACAAAGGAUAAAAAAAUUCACGAAAACGAGGAACAAAUCAGGCUUAAGGACAUGGAAAUUCUGGAAAUUAAAAACGAUAUUAAAAAAAAAGAUGAGCUGUUAAACGCAAAAUAUAUAGAAAUCCAGGAGAAGAAUGAUCAGGCAAAGAGCAAGGACGAUCAAAAUAGAGAACUAACUAAUCGACUAAAAAUUAUUUCACAAAACUUAUCUAAUGCUAAUGAAAAACUUUCAAAAAGUGAUGAAACGAAUUUUUGUCCCUACACCGGCAGUGGUACUUUCCAUAUACAGAUUCCGAAAUCAUUCGAGGCUCCUUGCAAUGGAUCUGGAUGGAUGGUAAUUCAAAGACGAAUGGAUGGGAGCGUGGACUUUGACCGCACCUGGAAUGAAUACAAAGAGGGCUUCGGCAACCUUACUGGAGAGUUUUUUAUUGGGCUAGAAAAAUUACAUUUAUUAACGCACGCCAGACCGCAUGAACUGAAAAUCCUGAUGGGCGACAUCCACGGAGACACUGCUGUCGCCCACUACGAUGAUUUUAAGAUUGGCAACGAGGAAAAAUUGUAUGCCCUGGAAGUUUUGGGGAAAUUCUCUGGUGAUGCCGGCGACUCCCUUAAAUAUCAUAAGAACAUGAAGUUCUCCACGUUUGACAAAGAUAAUUAUGGAAAAUGUGGGAGGUACUAUGCUGCCGGUUGGUGGUUUAACCAUUGCUCUGAAAGCUCACUGAACGGAAAUUUCAAACGGAAUGGUCAACUAAUGGGGAUUCGAGGAAUCUUUUGGAGUUCAUGGAAGAAAUCAAAAGUUUCACUGACAUUUGUUCAAAUGAUGAUAAAACCUAAGGAUAAUGUGAUGAAAAAAUCAGUCUAGCUCUCUGUUUUCGAAAAUAUAUUAGUAAUAUAAUAUUACAAGUUAAAUUGCACUAAGCUUUGACAAAAAAUUUUUUUUUUUAAAUCAGAAAUUUAAAAUGUAUACAUUUUCUUUAAAAAUAAAAUUACAUUGAACAUUCGA